UUGUUCUUCCAUUUUUAUGUAAAAUUUUGGUUUUUUGCUUAAUUAACUGUAUUUUAGCUAGUUAAUUAUCUUGUUUAAGUUAAUUAUGGGUUUAAUUUUGGGAGGCUCUCUCCUUCUGUCUGGUUUUCGGGGAUUUUUUUAGUUCUUUGUAUGGAAAUGCGGGGAGUUUGUGGUUUUAGGUUUGGGUUUACGAAGGAAGGAGCGUUUUGACGUUUGAGCUAGGGUUUAAUGGAGUGGAACAAGUUGAAUUUGUUGUUGGAGGGGAAUUUCGAGAAAGUGGGGUUGUUUGCCCUAAUUUGCUUGUUUUGGCAAUUGGGGUUUGUUAUUUGUUUCGAAGUUAGCUUUACGUUAUCUUUCAGUUAUAUUGUUCCUGAGUUCGCUGGAACCAUCCAUUUGAAGUCUUGGAUGUUAUUGGAGUUUAGCCAUGGAAUUCAUGGGUAUAUGGGCCAUUUUCAGGAUAUGAUCUGGAACGGGGCUGGUUGGAGUAAGUAACUUCACACUGGUGAUCAAAUAGAUAAUGCUGACAGUGAAGAAGUGUUUCAUCGGUGCAAUUAUCGUGAAAGACUGUAGUGAUCUUGGGUUCCACAAGAAAAAAGAAGAAGUCCCUCACUUAUAUCAAUGGUUAAUAAUUCCAUGCAGUCACAACUUGUGAAGUUGAGACAUUAGAGCUGGUGGCUUGCAUGCUAGCCAUCAUAAUACAUUCCCUCUCUGCUUAUCUUCAAUGACAUUGUCUGGUCAUGCAUAUACAAAUAUAAAAGCUCUUGAUCAUCAGGAAAUAUUGGCGGAAUGUGUCUGUAAUGACCACAUGAUGCCGUAUUCUUCUAUUGACUUGCCAUUGAUUGAUAGAAAGGUAUCAUCAUCCAUUACAAAUCCAUGUAUCAUGUGCACCAUAUUUUCUCCAUUUUUAAACCUUAAUGAAGAUCAAAGUGAAACUGCUUUUGUAGGCAAUGCAGCUGAGCAUGAUAGUUGUCCUCAUGCAAUGAUCAUGGGAGCAGAAGAUGGGGACAGUCAGGUCACUGGGAAUGGUGCUAAGAGUAGCAAUAUACCUGAUUUUCAACUUCCUGAUUUAACUACUGUUAACGUAGCUGCUGAUGGAUGUGUUCGAAACCACGAUUCAGUACUGAGUGAAGCAACUCCUGGUUUUGAAUGCAACAAUUUCGAUAUGAUGUGUGAUAUAUCAGACAAUUACAUGUUAUGGCAUUGCAACGAGGAGAAUGCAGAGAAUUAUAAUAGUCAUGAUAUGGGAUCGCUAAUAAAAUGUUCUCCUCAUCCUGAUGAUGCUUGCUUGUUUUGUGCAAUUCAGCUGAAUAAGCCAUCAGACUUUGGCACUGAUAUUUUCACUGACUGCAUGGACUUGGAUGAAGUGAACAGUUUUGACCCAUACUUAUCCAUCACAAGUUUUCCAGAUUUCUCGGAAAUAGUUCCAUCUCAUUGGCCUAAUUUAUUGCCAAGACAAGCACAAAAAAGGGACCCUAUGACUCUGGUUCUAGACCUAGAUGAAACUCUUGUACACUCUAAAUGGGCGCCAUGCAAAGAUGCAGAUUUCACAUUUAAAGUCUUUCUUGACAAGAAAGAGCACACUGUCUAUGUACGGCAAAGACCUUAUUUACGAGUAUUCUUGGAGAAAGUUUCAGAGAUAUUUGAAGUCAUUAUUUUCACAGCCAGCCAGCGCAUCUAUGCUGAACAGUUGCUCAAUAUUCUCGACCCCAACAAGAAGAUUUUUCGCCACAGAGUUUAUCGUGAUUCUUGUAUAGCUUCAGAAGGUGGUGGAUACAUGAAGGACCUGAGAAUCCUAGGCCGGGAUUUAGCAAAAGUUGCCAUCAUUGAUAAUUCUCCUCAGGUUUUUCGUCUGCAAGUAGAGAAUGGCAUUCCCAUCAAGAGCUGGUACAAUGACAAGUCCGACUGUGCUUUGCUUAAUUUGCUUCCUUUCUUGGAGACAUUGGCUGAUGCGGAGGAUGUGCGACCACUCAUUGCAAAGAAGUUUGGUAACCAAUAACCAAAUUUUCCCCCUUUUUCCAGGCUUUGUAAAUAUGAUUUCUUCCGAUUAUCGAUCGAAAUGGUCGAUUUUCUCAUUUGACAAGUCUGUAAUUAGUCAUUAGAUCAUGGUCCUCUCUUUUAGGUCAAUAUAUUUAAGUUUGGUUAUUGGAUAGUAUUUGUUUUCAAGUGGGCAGUGUUAGAUUGAGUUUGGUACGUCUGUAAAAUAUGAUAGGUUGAGUGGUUACUUAGGGUCCGGUAUCAAAUAAAGUCGUUUGUGAUAGUAAAUUGGAGCAUUUCUCUGGCUCUUGAGUACAAAUAAGGUGUUCUUAGGUUUAAUUCUAUUGGAAUUUUGAAGCAUGGUCCCCGUGUUUAUGUAAUUUUCGUUUCUUUUCUGUAGCACCAGACCCUCUUUGAUACAAUGGUAGAACUCUCUCUCUCUC